AUGGAUUCAUUUGAGGCUGCAAAGGUUGUGCAUGACAGAAUCAAACAGUUGGAACCACAUGUUGCAAGAAAGAUAAUUGGAUAUAUGUACUUACAAGAAAUUCCUGACCAGGAAAUGAUUCGGUUAGCUUUAGGGCCGGAUAGCUUGAUCCUCAACUUGAUACAGAAGGCAAAAACUACGCCCUUUUUAGCUCCAACACCAAUACUUUCACCUCCAAUUUCUCCCACUAUGAAUCCAAACCCUUUGUCAAAUUCUCUUUUCCCGUUUUCAUCGUCUUCACCUCACCCGUUCUCAGCUCCAGCAUCAUUUCAGAAUGUAGCGUCUUACUGGGAGCCUCAACGAGCUACAGAGCAGCAGGUAAUGCAUAAUGCUGCUUUGAAACUGAUACCAUCCUCCGAUUCAGAAUACAGUUUGCCAAACCAGUUGAUGGGAUCAGACGAUCCGCUAGACUAUUUUGCCUCAGACACUGCUUUCAACAAUAUGAGUAUUAGGGGUAGUAGAAAUUCUCGCAGUAUAAUAGAUUAUCCUGUCAAGAUUUGUCACUAUUUCAACAAGGGCUUCUGCAAGCAUGGCAGUAAUUGUCGCUUCUUUCAUGGUGAAUCCUUUCUAGAGAAUUAUCAGCAUAUAUUUGGUCCGAAUUCGCAUGAAGCUGCACGUGAAGAUCAAGUAUUUUGCCCAGGGUCUCUUGAGAAACUAGAACUUGAAGUCAUAGAAUUGUUGAAAUCCCGUAGAGGCAAUCCUGUUUCAAUUGCGUCUCUGCCAAUGAUGUACUAUGAAAAGUAUGGAAGGACUCUACAAGCUGAAGGGUAUUUAACUGAAAGCCAAAGACAUGGGAAGGCUGGUUACAGUCUGACGAAACUUCUUGCUCGGCUGAAAAAUAGUAUUCGCCUCAUUGACAGGCCUCAUGGACAGCAUGCUGUAAUACUGGCGGAAGAUGCUCCAAAGUACAUGGACGUUCGAGCAGAAAGAAACGAACCUGGUCCAAUUGUUAAUGGUUCUAGGCAAAUAUAUUUGACAUUUCCGGCUGAGAGCACUUUUAUCGAGGAAGAUGUUUCCAAUUACUUUAGCACGUUUGGUCCUGUUCAGGAUGUCAGGAUUCCCUCUCAGCAUAAACGGAUGUUUGGUUUUGUAACUUUUGGUCGGAAUCUUACGGGCUGUUCAGGCGGCAGCUAA